AUGAGAAUUACAAGUACAUCUUGUAUCUGCCCAGUCCUAGUUUGUCUCUGUUUUGUGCAGAGGUGUUAUGGAGCUGCUCAUCAUGGCUCCAUCAAGGUGACUAGAAAUCAAACCAGGCAUACAGAAGGUGAAACAGAAGUACAUCAUCGUCCCAAGCGUGGAUGGGUAUGGAAUCAGUUCUUUGUUUUAGAAGAACACAUGGGACCAGAUCCUCAGUAUGUAGGAAAGCUGCACUCCAAUUCCGACAAAGGUGAUGGAUCAGUCAAAUACAUUCUAACUGGAGAAGGAGCGGGAACUAUAUUUAUUAUUGAUGACACAACAGGAGACAUCCAUUCAACCAAAAGCCUCGAUCGAGAACAGAAGACGCAUUAUGUGCUUCAUGCCCAAGCUAUUGAUAGAAGGACAAACAAGCCACUUGAGCCUGAAUCUGAGUUUAUUAUCAAAGUACAGGAUAUCAAUGACAAUGCACCAAAAUUUACAGAUGGACCAUACAUUGUUACUGUGCCAGAGAUGUCUGAAAUGGGUACAUCUGUUCUACAGGUGACAGCAACAGAUGCAGAUGACCCUACGUAUGGAAACAGCGCCAGAGUAGUAUAUAGUAUUCUUCAGGGACAGCCAUAUUUCUCUGUUGACCCUAAAACAGGAGUCAUCAGGACUGCCUUGCAUAACAUGGACAGGGAAGCCAGAGAGCAUUAUUCUGUUGUCAUUCAAGCCAAAGAUAUGGCUGGGCAGGUUGGAGGGCUGUCAGGGUCAACAACAGUAAAUAUCACACUCACUGAUGUCAACGACAAUCCACCCAGGUUUCCUCAGAAACAUUAUCAGCUCUAUGUUCCUGAAUCAGCUCAGGUUGGAUCAGCAGUUGGCAAAAUCAAGGCAAAUGAUGCAGACACUGGCUCAAAUGCUGACAUGAAGUACACAAUUAUAAAUGGUGAUGGUGCUGGGGUGUUUUCCAUAUCCACUGACAAAGAAACACGGGAAGGAAUUCUUUCCCUGAAGAAGCCUCUCAACUACGAAAAAAAGAAAUCCUAUACGCUUAAUAUAGAAGGAGCAAAUACUCAUCUUGACUUCCGCUUUUCGCACCUGGGACCAUUCAAGGAUGUAACAAUGCUGAAGAUUAUAGUUGGCGAUGUGGAUGAACCUCCUCUCUUCACUAUGCCUUCCUAUCUCAUGGAAGUUUAUGAAAAUGCAAAGAUCGGGACACUUGUUGGCACUGUGACUGCACAAGAUCCUGACACUGCCAACAGUUUAGUGAGAUAUUUCAUUGAUCAUAACACAGAAGAAGAUAGAUAUUUCACCAUUGAUGCUAACACUGGAACCAUUAAAACUGCCAAGAUCUUUGACAGAGAGGAAACACCUUGGUACAACAUCACAGUGGCUGCGUCUGAGAUAGACAAUCCUGAGCUAGUGAGCCAUGUUCCAGUUGGCAUUAGAAUCCUGGAUGUCAAUGACAAUCCUCCAGAGCUCGCCAGAGAGUAUGACGUAGUGGUCUGUGAGAAUGCAAAGCCUGGUCAGGUAAUUCAGACCAUCACUGCAACUGACAAAGAUAACUCUGCAAAUGGGGCCAGAUUCCAUUUUUCUCUUGAUGAAGGGCUUUCUUUGAAUCCCAACUUUACUCUAAAGGAUAAUGAAGAUAACACAGCCAGUAUCCUGACAAGACGAAGGAGAUACAGUCGAACCACUCAAGAUAUCUAUUACCUCCCAAUUUUGAUUUCUGAUGGUGGAGUGCCCCCUCUCAGCAGCAGCAGUACUCUCACUGUUAGAGUUUGUGCAUGUGAGAGAGAUGGACGUGUGAGAACUUGCCAUGCUGAAGCUUUCCUCUCCUCAGCUGGCUUGAGCACAGGAGCUUUAAUUGCAAUCCUGCUCUGUGUUGUCAUUCUUCUUGCAAUUGUGGUCCUUUUCAUCACCCUAAGACGUAGCAAGAAGGAGCCUUUGAUCAUUUCAGAAGAAGAUGUCAGAGAAAAUGUUGUGACAUAUGAUGAUGAGGGCGGUGGAGAAGAAGACACAGAAGCAUUUGAUAUCACCGCACUACGUAAUCCAUCAGCUGCAGAAGAGCUAAAGUAUCGGAGAGAUGUCCGCCCUGAAGUUAAGCCUGCACCCAGGCAUCAUCCUUCUUCAAGCCUUGACAGUAUAAAUGUUCAGGAGUUCAUUAAACAAAGACUUGCAGAGGCUGAUCUGGACCCCAGUGUGCCCCCAUAUGACUCCUUACAGACAUAUGCCUAUGAGGGCCAUAGAUCGGAAGCUGGAUCUAUCAGCUCUCUGGAUUCAGUCACGACACAGUCUGACCAGGAUUAUAAUUACCUUGGAGACUGGGGGCCUGAGUUCAAGAAGCUAGCUGAACUCUAUGGGGAAAUAGAAUCAGAAAGAACAACUUAG